UUUGAGUCUCUCUUCCGGAGCCAGCACUACGCCCUGCUGGACAACAGCUGCCGGGAAUACCUCUUCCUCUGCGACUUCUUCCUGGUGGCCGGGACCCCCGCCCUGGACCUCUUCAACGCUGUCAUGGGCAAGACCCUCGCCAUGUUCCUCAAGCACAUGGACGCCUACGUGAGCGACUGCUACGACAGCAUCGCCGUCUUUCUCUGCAUCCACAUCGUCCUGCGCUUCAAGGCCCUCGUGGGGAAGCGCAACGUCCCGGCCAUCGACAAAUACUGGGACACGUUGCUGGAGCUGCUCUGGCCGCGAUUUGAGUACAUCCUGGAGCUGAACAUCCACAGCAUCCAGAGCACGGACCCCCAGAAGCUGGGCUUCCUGGACACGCGGCCCCACUACAUCACCCGGCGGUACGCAGAGUUCUCCUCGGCCAUCGUCAGCAUCAACCAGACCUUCUCCCACGAGAGGACUUUGGCCUUGUUGGGGCAGCUUCAGACCGAAGUGGAGAACUUUGUCCUGCGUGUGGCGGCCGAAUUCUCCUCCCGCACCGAACAGCUCAUCUUCCUCAUCAACAACUACGACAUGAUGCUUGGCGUCCUGAUGGAACGAGCAGUGGAGGAGAGCAAAGAGGUGGAGGGCUUCCAGCAGCUGCUCAAUGCCCGGACACAGGAGUUCAUCGAGGAGCUCCUGGCCCCUGGGUUUGGGGGCAUGAUUGCCUUCGUGAAGGAGGUGGAGGGGCUGGCUGAGCGGGGCCAGCUGGAACGCCUGCGAGGGGAGGAAGCCCGGGUGACACAGCUGGUGCGCAGCUUCGCCGCAACCUGGAAGGCCUCAGUGGAGACUCUCAGCCAGGACGUCAUGCGCUCCUUCACCAACUUCAAGAACGGGACCACCAUCAUCCAGGGGGCGCUGACACAGCUGAUCCAGUACUACCACCGCUUCCACAAGGUUCUGGCGCUGCCCCCCCUCAAGUCGUUGCCCGUCCGCUCGGAGCUGAUCAACAUCCACCACCUGAUGGUCGAGGUGAAGAAACACCGGCCCAACUUCUGAGGGUGGAACCCCCUCACCUCCACCCCCACAGCCCCCUUCCCCUUGUACCCUCCUGUGAAUAAACUUUAUUCUGACUCAGGCGGCCUCCCUGGAACCCAGUGGGGAGGGGGGGGGACUGGAAUUGGGGGCCAGGCUCACCCACCCUCGUCCCUCUUCCCCCACCCCAUCACCACGGGCGGAGCUUGCUGGUCGCUGCUCUUGUUCAGGAUUGGUGAGUGUGUGUCACGUGAGCUGGAGCCCAGGGAGUCCUCAAAUUGAGCCCAGAAUCUCCGUUGCUAAGUUAGACAGUUGUUAACUGAGUUUUGCCCCAUUUUACAACUUUUCUUGCCAGGUUUGUUAAGUGAAUCACUGCUGUU